UUCACCACAUUAUUUCAUUUAAUUCCCACCAACAUAGCCCAAAAACACAAACCGACUCCCAACAAAUCCUCUCAACAUUAAAAAAAAGGAGAACAAUGGGAAUAGUUGAAGAAGCACACAACGUAAAAAUUUUAGGGUCAGGUGAGCAGACAGUAGUGCUAGCACAUGGCUUCGGGACUGAUCAGUCGGUGUGGAAGCAUCUGGUGCCGCAUUUGGUUGAUGAAUAUAGGGUCGUUUUGUAUGAUAAUAUGGGCUCUGGAACAACUAAUCCCGACUAUUUUGACUUCGAGCGGUACUCUAGCUUGGAAGGCUAUGCCUAUGAUGUGAUUGCGAUAUUGGAGGAAUUUCAAAUUCGUAGUUGCAUUUUUGUUGGUCACUCUGUUUCUGCUAUGAUUGGAACCAUUGCUUCCAUUGCUCGUCCUGAUCUUUUCACUAAACUUGUCACUCUAUCUGCCUCGCCAAGGUAUCUGAACGACUCGGAGUACUACGGAGGAUUUGAACGAGAAGAUAUUGAUCAACUAUUCGAAGCAGUAAAAUCGAAUUACAAAUCAUGGUGUUCAGGAUUUGCACCCUUAGUUGUAGGAGGGGACAUGGACUCUGUCGCAAUCCAGGAAUUCAGUAGGACACUUUUCAACAUGAGACCAGACAUUGCACUAAGCGUAAUACAAAUCAUAUUCCUAAGUGAUUUAAGGCAUUUAUUGCCUCGUGUGUCUGUCCCGUAUCACAUAAUUCAGAGCAUGAAGGACUUGGCCGUACCCGUGGUGGUGUCCGAAUAUCUCAGCCAGAACCUCGGGUCCGAAUCAAUCGUUGAGGUGAUGUCGACAGAAGGACAUCUUCCGCAACUUAGCUCACCGGAUGUUGUGAUUCCGGUCCUGCUUCGCCAUAUUCGUCAUGAUAUUGCCGUUUGAUUAUUUAGUACUACUUCUUGGAGUAAUAAUAAUAAGGGGUGUUGUUUUUUGUUAUAUGAAGUGGUCAAAAUUGACUAUGUUGUCAAGCUAGUUGCAAUCUCUAUGUGUGCUAAGUUUAAAAGAAUAUAUUCAGGCAAAAUAUAAGUUCAUGGGCAGCACUUUUCUUGUUUUACGGAUCCUGAUGUCUUGAAUCAUUUGAUUAGUGGAUUGUUUCUCUUCUUUUUGAGCUA